GAGGCUGCGUAACCAACAGAGGAAAGCGACCGCGGUUGACAACGGCAGCCGACGUUAACCAUAAUUAGUCUGCACAAUGGAGACACCUGACAGCACCGCAGCGACAGAUGCAACUAUAACAGUAACUGUCGUCCGUGGAAAUAACCUGCAAGGAAAAAAGCCAGACAGCUUACUGAGUUUUCUGGAGAUUCAGUUGGAUGGCACAGUGCUGGGAGAGUCAGACAAGAAGCUGUCUGAACCUGUGGAGCAGCGUGUCGACUAUAACUUUACCUGCAGUUUCCACUACCCCAGUGAUGCUCAGGCUCUCAGUAACAUCGCACAUAAACCGAUCAUACUGACAGUGAUAGAAUUCCUGCCUGAGGAGAAGAAAGCUGAGGCGAAGACAGCGGUGCUGGGUCAAGCUGUGGUCGACCUGCUGCCACUGCUACAAGGUCAGUGCAGCUUCUCGUCCACAGUCCCACUGAAACCAGUGACCAGCUCACCAGCCAAAGAGGUCCAGAACUCCAGCAGCAAGAGCAGCGGGAAUGAGGAGACAGCAAUUACAGCCACACAGAAGUCACUGGUCAGCAAAGUCAUUUUGAAGUGGAGGAAUAAGUCGACUCUGGAUGUGUGUGUCAGUGUAUCGGAUCCAGUGCUGUCUCAGGCUGAACUCUCAGCCUCCAACCUGCUAAGGGUAACUGUGGAGACAGCCUAUUCCGUCCCUGAGUCAUGGAUGCUGCUGUCUGGCCCUGCCCCCUGCACAUACACUGCAGCCCUGGAGGUCCCACUUAGUGCAGAGAAAGAUCAGGUGCUGGUGUUCUGUGAAGGACAGCUGAUGGCUGGAGGGCAGAGGGAGGAAAUGGGCCGACUGAAGAAGAGGCCACAUCAGGCCCUGCUGGUCCCGGGAAACCAUUUUCUGCCUGCUGCCUUUUUCCAGGCAGAGCCCAUUGAACAGGAGGACGGCGAACUGACUGGCAUAGAGGACCGGAGGUUUCGCACUGAGGCAGAGAUCAUGAAGAAUAGGGUGAGCUGGGACACAGAGAUGUGCUGCUUCGUGGAUGCAGAAGGAGUUAACAGGCUGCGGCAUAGGAUCACUGAGAACAGACUCUGGCCAGUAGAGAUUAUGAGGUCGUCGGCUCCGCUGUCAAAGGCAGCAGAAAACAAGUUGCUAGCUGAGGAGAACCCAGAGAUCCCCUUCCAUGGUGUGGCGUUUGUGGACAUGGGCCGGCUGCUGUAUCCUGGAGUCAACCGCAUUCGAGGAGCAUACAGCAUUCAGCCUUUCUCUGAGGCUGAGUUGCUGCAAAAGGCCAAUUUGAGUGUCAGUGUGUUAAAGGAGGAGGCCAAGGCUGCAGCCAACCUAGCCAAAACCUGUGCCUCAGCUGCAGGCUCGCACAGGGGUAAGGCCGGGAAGAACUUGGACAAGGGAGCCAAGGAGCCAGCCAAAAAGCAAUCUGGCAAUCAGAGCAGGAUGGCUGGGGCUGGCAGUGUGACCGACAGCCUAACCGAAACUGAGCCAACGCAAGUCAAUGCGGAGGGAAAUAUGUAUCUAGAGGCCAGAACUUAUAUUAUCAUUGAGAUUGCCUUGGAGAAACCACUGGUACCCAAAACAACUCUAGAGGAGCUGGCCACAAGGGUGAAGGAGUUGAUCCCACCCAGAUCUUCACUUUCAACGAGUCCUAGCAGAGCAGAAAGAGCAGUACUGGACUUCCACAAGCAGGUAGGCAACAUGGUGACUCAUGUUACAGACCAGUAUAAGGAAUUGUUUGGAGCAAGAUGCAAGCCGUCAGGAGACUACAGCCAGGAGCAAAUGAAGGUUCAGCUGAUGGGAACGCUCAGUGUCUCUGCGAGAUACUUUGCCUUCAAGGAACAGAUGAAGCAUGCAGUGGUGAAGAUUGUACGUGACACGAUGCAGCAGACAGAGCCAAUCACUGACCCCCAGGAGCUAAAGGUUUUUGUCAGCAAACUCUAUGUUUACCUGGUGGAUGAGAUGCACAUAGCUCUCAACAAGAUUUAUUCAGAUGAUGUUGACGAUGACUCCACAGAUGAAAUCCAGUUGAGUUCUUCUCAGCUCAGACAUUUUGCCAGAGAGGCUCAGCUUACUGGGGAUUAUCAGCAGGCUGUUCAGUACUACCAAGAGCUAGUGGUAAGGUACCCCAGUGAGCCCUCCCACAGGUUUGAGUGGGGAGGCCUCUACAUGCAGACCGGAGACUACAUGAAGGCUAAAGAAUGUUUUCAUGACGCUGUGUCCAUCCAACAGGCACACAAACCCAGCCUGAUUAUGUGUGGGGUCUUGGCAGCGAUGUCUGAGCAUUACAAGGAGGCCCAGACCUUCCUGGAGCGAGCCACCAUCAUAGACCCGCCCUCUGUGGUGGCCUGGACGCUGCUGGGUUUGCUCCAUGAGAGCCAGAAUGAAUCCAUCCUGUCCGAGAGUGCUUUUCUGGAGGCCAGAAGGCAGCUGUGGUCAAAAGAGGCAAAUAAGGACACACAGAUCAAGGAGGAGAAGAAAGACAAGGAGAAAGAUCAGCAGGAGGAAGAGAUAAACAUGCCUGCAUGUCAGUCUCCCACUGUGAAGCAAGACCCAGAAUAUGGAGACAAGGACUCAGGGGCACAGGAAGAAACUCCUGCAGAGAUCCUGACCAGAUCAGAGCCAGUUAAGCUGUCCUGUACCAUUUACACAGAGACGGUUCAGUUCCUGCUGCAGAACACUGCCUUGCAGAUGGUGGAGCAUGUGCUGUCGCAGGAGCUGCUGUGGUCAGACAGUGGUCGCAGUGUCUACUAUCUUCUUCAUCUGGCCCAGUUUCAGCUGCUCAGAGCUGACUAUUGCAGUGCCGCUGCCAGCCUAAAGGAGGUGCUGUUUCACAGCAACCAGGAUGCGGAUGUGUGGGCUCUGAAUGGUCACUGUCACUACAUGCAAGGGGCGUUCAGUGAUGCCCAGGAGAGCUAUGAGCGGAGCCUGAUCUUCCUACGGCAGCCAGCAGACUCCCACAUUGUCCUCCUCCGCCUGGGAUACAUCUACCUCCAGCAAGAGAAGUUUGACCAAGCCAAAGUUAUCUACCUGCAGGCUUGUGAGCAGUCUCCGUCCUGCCUGACUUGGCUGGGCCUGGGCACCGCCUGUUAUCGGCUGGAGGAGCUGUGUAUAGCUGAGGAAGCACUGAAAGAGGCCAACUAUUUGAACAACCAGAAUGCAGAGGUGUGGGCUUACCUAUCUCUGAUCUGCCUCAGGUCUGGCAGACAAGAGGAAGCAGAGCAGUUUUAUAAAUAUGCAACAAAGUUCAAUCUGCAGAAGGAGUCACUCCUCAAAGAGUUCAAUGAACUGAAGGAUCAGCUCCGCUUCAGUCAGCUAGUGUCAUGCUUUGGAACAAGCUCUGAAGCAGGGGUCUCAAUCAAAUGACCAAGUACAUUUCACACGCACAUACACAUAAACAUGUAGCGUCAAAUUAACCAACAUUUUUAAAAGACAUUUUAUUGUAUUUCAAACAUGUUUAUGUUGUGACAUUUAUUGUGAAAUGAAACACAGCCGGCUCAGAUGCACAUGUCAUAUUUUACAGAGGAGAUCAGUAACUGGCCAAGCCAUAAAAAAGUUAAACCCUGUUCAACUUCAACAUUACAACAAACUUAAAGCAACACAAAUACUCUUAAAUGUGUAUAAAACAACAACAAAACAAAAAAAUGCACACAAUUAACAAAAGAAAAGAAAAAGGGCAUGUGGUGACUGGUAUUAUCAGAAUAUUUUUUAGAAAAACCAUGAUCUCACUUUUCAUGUAAUUUUUACCAUCUGAACAGCAAAACAAGCCUAAUAAAACACCCCGGCCUUGUUCUAAGCUACUUUUGGCACAAUUUGCUUUGGAAGGAAAUGUUAUGUGGAAUAUAAUGCUCCUGUCGAAUACAUCUAUAAUGCAGGUGUUGCAUUGAAUGUAUUUCUUAUGUUAAAUUAGCAAAUUGGGGUUCUCAAAAUGUGGUAUUGGAAAAUGCAUUUCAUAUAUAUUUCCUGUACCUUUAAAAUACACUGUUUUUGAAGUGGCUUAUGUUUUCUCAUUGUAUGACUUUCAAAUGCACACUUUAUUGUAACAUAUUUGCUUCCCAUGUGUUUUUAUUGUGUCAUUUUUACACCAAUUCUAGCCUCCGAGCC